AUUAUUUACAACGAUCACACAGUAGCCCACGCAGUGUGAGAAUAAAAAAAUCACGUUAGUGGAUUUUUUCUAAUAAAAAAAAAAUUAAAAAUUAUGCUUUUCAGUAAGAUUUUAAGUGAAGUGUGUAAGAUAAAAAGUUCCUGAUUAACUUCUCGAUAAAAUGGUUGAUUCACGAAUUAUAUUAAAUGAUGUGACUCACCUCAAUACGAGCACUGAUCUAUCACUCUCGAUGGCAUAUAGAGUCUCAAAGAGUGGUUGUUGGGGAGUGUGUGUGCAAAAAGAAAAGUCGACAUUCUCCACACCAUCGGACACUGUACAGGCCAAUCAACCACACAUAGAUGCCAGCGAAUGGAAAUUGUUCGGGGCUCCAACUGCACGGGCAACGAAAGACUUGUUCAGUCGCUCAAGAAACGAACCUGGAGUCGGACGUGCUCCAAAACGGUGCCCAACUCACAAAAUUUGUGGUGGGAGAAGUCUUCAGAGAUCUCACUUUUUUGUUCCUCCAACCGAGGAGGUGACAAUUUUUUGGGGAGUUUUCCUGUAUAUACGCCAAAAAUUGGGAUACUUUCACUGACAGACGAGGGAGCCUUUUGGUAGUGCAAGAUACAGGAAUAAAAUUGCCAAGGUGAGCUGAAGUUGAGUGGCUUUUCGUAACACCUUUUCUUCAGCAAUAUCCAAUUGCAAAGUGUGUGAAAGUUGUGUGGAUUUUUUUUUUCUGCUCCAACCAAGUCUUGUAAUGUUGAGUAGUUUUCUUUGGAGUGUAUUGGAUAUUUCUUCAUAAAAUAUUUCUUCAUUGAAUAUUUUCACUAUUCAGACCCUGAUAUUUGGAUUUGUUCAUCAAAUAUUCAAAUUCAGUGAAUUUGUGUGUGAUUUGUUUGAAUUUCUGAAUUAGUCAGGAAAAAAAGAGAGAGUUUACAUUAGUUUGAGAUCGAGACGUUUUGAAGAGAUAAAAAAAUAGCUGCAAUAUCCAGCAAAAUAGUGAUGUGUGGAUUUUUCAUCUUUUUUUCACCACUGAAAAACCAUAGAGCAAAAUAGAGAAAAAAGAGAGAGAGAGAGAAGAGGAAAGAAAAGCGCGAGCCUUCUUGUGUGUAUUAAAUAUUAAACCGUAUUGAAUUACUUCUGUUGGACACACUACCGCUGCUGAUGGUGGAUACACAUUCAAAAGGCAAGAGUCGGAAUUGUGAAAGGAAUAUCAUUAAACCGUGAAAUACACCAACAACAGCAAGUAGGCUCUAGCCUCAGCACGCGGAGAUGUCUGCCAUCAGACAUCGGCCGUUGCUGGGAUCAGCGGCCAAUGGUGGGGACAGCGAUGAUAACUUCUCGGAUGAUGAGAGCACUCCGCUGACCCAUGACAUCUACGGCGGCAGCCAGCGAACGGUGCAUGAGACAAAAGGCUGGGAUGUUUUCCGGGAUCCGCCCGUGAAGGUGGACAGUGGAUCCAUGGCCAAUCAGGCGUGUAUGGAUUUCACUGUUAAAAUACUCAAAGUAAUUGCCUACCUGUUGACAUUCGUCAUUGUUCUGGGUGGUGGCGUCAUUGCCAAGGGCUGUGUUCUAUUUAUGACGUCGCAAUUGAAGAGGGAUCGAAAGAUACCCUACUGCAAUCGCGAUAUAGCGCGUGAGAAGCAAUUUGUUGUUACACUGCCGGAGGAGGAGAGGGUGGCGUGGUCGUGGGCCCUACUGAUUGUCUUUGCAAUUCCUGAGGUUGGUGCCCUGAUCCGAUCUAUGCGAAUAUGCUUCUUCAAGUCGUGGAAACGACCUCUCACCACACACUUCCUCUUUGUCACCCUCAUGGAGACACUCCAUACAGCCGGAUUGGCCUUGUUGUUCUUUGUUGUGCUGCCAGAGUUGGAUGCUGUUAAGGGGGCUAUGCUCACAAAUUGCCUCUGUGUUGUUCCUGGCUUCCUGGGUUUGCUGUCGCGCACCAAGAAGGAGGGACGACGGGCUGUGAAGGCCAUCGUAGAUAUUGCUGCAAUUGCUGCCCAAGUCACGGGAUUUGUUGUAUGGCCACUGCUGGAGAAUCGUCCAGUUCUCUGGGUGAUACCAAUUGCUGCCUUUAUGACUUCGUGCGGUUGGUGGGAGAAUUAUGUGUCGCCUCAGAGUCCAUUUAGCUUCGUGCGUGGGCUGGGAAAGAUCAAGGAAGAACUUCGUGUUACAAGAUACUUUUCCUACAUUUUUCUAUCCAUUUGGAAGGUCAUGAUCUUUUUCUGCUCUGUUCUGCUGAUUUGGUGGAUUCAGGGAGAGAAUGUGGCCAAUUUCUUUAGUCUCUUUGGCCCUGGAUUUGGACCACAUAAAAUUGUGGUGGAAGAGGUGGUGUCUGCGAGCCAAGCUCUUCCAGAUCUUCUCAAUGCUGGACAAAUUGGUGAUACGAUCGAUGUAGAUGCUUCCUAUAAUACUGUCAUCUAUAUGAUUGUUAUUCAGGUUCUUGCUGCCUACUUUUGCUAUGUCUUCGGGAAGUUUGCCUGCAAGAUCUUAAUUCAGGGCUUCAGUUAUGCCUUCCCGGUGAAUCUCACAAUUCCCGUGUCCAUAUCCCUUCUGAUUGCAGCCUGUGGCAUUCGAAAUGGUGAUCCGUGCUUCUUCCAUGGUUCAAUUCCUGACUACCUCUUCUUCGAUAGUCCUCCAGUUUUUCGUUUGAGUGAUUUUGCAUCACGACAGAUGGCUUGGGCAUGGUUACUCUGGCUUCUUUCCCAAACCUGGAUAACUCUACAUAUUUGGACACCGAAAUGCGAACGUCUGGCCACGACGGAGAAACUCUUCGUGAGUCCAAUGUACAAUGCUCUGCUGAUUGAUCAAUCAAUGGCACUAAAUCGCAGAAGAGAUGAUCAGGCAGAUGUAAAGACAGAGGACUUGGCAGAGAUUGAGAAGGAGAAGGGAGAUGAGUACUAUGAAACGAUAUCUGUCCACACAGAAGGAUCUGCUGUGCAGAAACCCAGUGUGAAAUCUUCUGAUCAAAUCACAAGAAUUUAUGCUUGUGCUACGAUGUGGCACGAGACGAAGGAUGAGAUGAUUGAGUUCUUGAAGAGUAUUCUGCGUCUGGACGAAGAUCAGUGUGCUCGGAGAGUGGCUCAGAAGUAUCUGAGAAUUGUAGAUCCUGACUACUAUGAAUUUGAAACCCAUAUUUUCUUCGAUGAUGCCUUUGAAAUUUCCGAUCAUAGCGACAGCGAUAUUCAGGUCAAUAGAUUCGUCAAGCUCUUAGUGGCCACAAUUGAUGAAGCUGCAUCGGAUGUCCAUCAAACUAACAUCAGAAUUCGUCCACCGAAAAAAUACCCAACGCCCUAUGGAGGACGUCUCGUUUGGACUCUGCCCGGAAAGACGAAAAUGAUUGCUCAUUUGAAGGACAAAGAUCGCAUAAGACACAGAAAACGCUGGUCUCAAGUGAUGUACAUGUACUACUUAUUGGGUCAUCGGCUCAUGGAAUUGCCCAUAUCUGUUGAUCGGAAAGAUGUUGUGGCUGAGAAUACUUAUCUCUUGACACUCGAUGGUGACAUUGAUUUCCAACCCAGUGCAGUGACUCUGCUGGUGGAUUUGAUGAAGAAGAAUCGCAAUCUUGGUGCUGCUUGUGGACGAAUUCAUCCCAUUGGAUCUGGUCCAAUGGUGUGGUAUCAAAAGUUCGAAUAUGCCAUUGGUCAUUGGCUGCAAAAGGCAACUGAACACAUGAUUGGAUGUGUACUCUGUAGUCCUGGAUGCUUCUCACUGUUCCGCGGGAAAGCUCUGAUGGAUGACAAUGUGAUGAGGAAGUAUACAACAAGAUCUGAUGAGGCUAGACACUAUGUCCAGUACGAUCAGGGUGAAGAUCGAUGGCUAUGCACUUUGUUGCUUCAGCGAGGAUAUCGUGUGGAGUAUUCAGCUGCAUCGGACGCCUAUACACACUGCCCGGAAGGUUUUACAGAAUUCUACAAUCAACGUCGCCGGUGGGUGCCUUCGACAAUUGCCAAUAUCAUGGAUUUGCUGACGGACUACAAGAGAACCAUUAAGAUAAAUGACAACAUCUCUCUUCUCUACAUCUUCUACCAAAUGAUGUUGAUGGGUGGUACAAUUUUGGGUCCAGGCACGAUCUUUCUUAUGUUGGUCGGUGCCUUUGUGGCGGCAUUCAAAAUUGACAAUUGGACCUCCUUCUACUACAACAUUAUACCCAUUAUCCUCUUUAUGCUUGUCUGCUUUACGUGCAAGUCCAAUAUUCAGGUGAUUGUGGCUCAGAUACUGUCAACACUCUAUGCAUUGGUGAUGAUGGCAGUGAUAGUGGGUACGGCACUUCAAUUGGGCGAGGACGGCAUUGGAAGUCCAUCGGCUAUAUUCUUGAUAUCACUAUCGGGGUCAUUUUUCAUAGCAGCCUGCCUGCAUCCGCAGGAAUUUUGGUGUGUUACUGCUGGCAUUAUCUACCUCCUGUCCAUUCCGUCCAUGUACCUCCUGCUCAUUCUCUACUCCAUCAUCAAUCUCAAUGUCGUGUCUUGGGGCACUCGUGAGGUGGUGGCCAAGAAGACCAAGAAGGAGUUGGAGCAGGAGAAGAAGGAGGCCGAAGAGGCAGCAAAGCGUGCCAAGCAAAAAUCACUGCUGGGCUUCCUACAGAAUGGCGUGGGGCAGAAUGCUGAUGAAGAGGGAGCUAUUGAGGUGUCUCUAAAUGGGCUGUUCAGGUGUAUGCUGUGCACUCAUGGGAAAACCACCGAAGAAAAGGCACAAUUGUCCCACAUUUCUGAAUCUCUCGAUGCCAUUCAGAAGCGCCUGGAGACACUGGAGAAAGUUGUCGAUCCUCAGGGACAUCAUCACCAUCACCAUCGUCGACGAACAACUUCUGCCAGUUCGCGCGAACACCAACUUGGCUCCGUAGCAGAAGGCACGGAGAAUGAAAGUGAAAACAGCGAUUCAGAGUCAUCCACUGUGCAGCGUGAGGAACGAGAUUUCCUCACAAACCCGUACUGGAUCGAGGACCCUGAACUGAGGAAGGGAGAGGUGGAUUUCCUCUCUAGUUCAGAAAUUCAAUUCUGGCGCGAUCUCAUCGACAAGUAUCUCUAUCCGAUUGAUCAAAAUAAGGAAGAACAGGCCCGAAUAGCGACUGAUUUGAAGGAUCUGCGGAACAAUUCAGUGUUUGCAUUCUUUAUGAUAAAUGCACUUUUUGUUUUAAUUGUCUUCCUGCUGCAAUUGAACAAAGAUAAUCUCCACGUGAAAUGGCCCUUUGGCGUGAAAACAAAUAUUACAUAUGAUGAGACCACUCAAGAGGUUCACAUCUCCAAGGAAUAUCUCCAAUUGGAACCAAUUGGUCUUGUCUUUGUGUUCUUCUUUGCCCUCAUCUUGGUCAUUCAAUUCACUGCCAUGCUGUUUCAUCGUUUUGGUACCCUCUCCCACAUCCUUGCGUCCACUGAGCUCAAUUUGUGCUUCAACAAGAAGAGUGAGGAUCUCUCACAGGAUGCCCUGAUAGAUAAACAUGCGGUGGAAAUAGUGAAAAAUCUGCAGAGAUUGCAGGGCAUAGAUGGUGACUAUGACAAUGAUUCAGGCAGUGGACCAGAUCGCAUUGCCAGGAGGCGAACUGUGCACAAUUUGGAGAAGGCACGACAGCCCAGAAGACAAAUUGGCACACUAGAUGUGGCCUUCAAGAAGCGUUUCCUCAAACUCACGGCUGAUGCUGAAAAUAACCAAGGUACUCCAAUAUUAACGCGCCGACUGACAAUGCGACGGGAGACAAUCAGGGCACUAGAGGUCAGGAAGAAUUCGAUUAUGGCCGAAAGACGAAAGUCCCAAAUGCAAACACUAGGAGCCAAUAAUGAAUAUGGAAUAACGACGUCAAACAAUAUGAACAACAAUUUGGGAGUUCCUCCACCGCGGAAUCAUAGAACAUCAAAUGCAGGUAUCAACGUGAAGGAAUUGUUUGACGUCAAUGGAGGUCCUGCACAGCCAAUUUAUGGUACAACUACUGGACAGGUUAAUCAAGCCUAUGAGCCAGUAAUCGACGAAGAGGAUCGCAAUUCACUACGUUUGACGCCACGAAAUCAAGUUUCGUGGAGUAAUAGCACUGAUAGAAGACUUUAAGGAAAAAGAAAAUCUGUAACAAUAUUCUCAUGUAUAGGUAUUUUAAUUAAUUUGUAGAAAUUAUUUUGAUUACUGUUGAAAAUGAUUGUGUUCUUCCUACAAGACACUGCCCCAAUUGUAUACACCCUCCAAAUAAAAAAAAAAGAGAAACUGAUUCAAAUACUCUCCUCUAGGAAUAAUUUUUAUACUCUUUUUUUUCUUUCAAUCUCUGCCAACCGAUUGGUUUGCAUUUCAACCUUUAUUCUCGUAAUAAUAAUUUUUUUUAUUAUAAAUUAUUUUACACUUGAUUUCUCUACUCAACUAAAAAAAUGGAAAUAAUUUUAUGCUAUUCGCUUUUACAAGUUGGUAGUUUUUUUUGUUUGUUUCCGCUAAAUUCUCAAAUUGUAAUUCAUUUUUCCUCUGUUUUAUUUUUUUCUUUUUGCAACUUGGAAAGAAAGAAAAGAAAAUGUGAUCAAGGAUUUAUUACUCAUUUUGUAUUACUUUUUUUAUUAUGUAUAAUUGUAUUUAUCACAAAGAAACAAAUUCUUACUCAUUAAUUGUAUAUUAGAGAGAUGCAAUAAAAAUGUUGAUAUUUGCCGAAAAAAAAA